AAAAGAAAAUAGAAAAUAUGAUGCUAACGCAAUGAAGUUGAUAAAAUAAUAUUGGACAAAAGGAAGUAAAACGCAACAAAUUGUGUUUGUGUGCGGGAGUUUGGAGUGUUCUCGAUUGCAACGCCAUUUACCAUUUAAUCCAGUGUGACACAAUCAGGCCGCAGGAGCAGCAAUAAACGUGCGACUCGACAGUCGGUCGGUCGCUGAAAAAAGACACACUUUCAAAACGCGAAAAGGUACCUACUAUUGAAUCUCUCGCAAAGCAAAUAUGAGCUGCAAAGUGCGGUUAAUGGAGGACGGAUCGCUCGAUGAGGAGCCGUUAACCUUAAAGGAGAUUGCCUAUCAGACACUUUGCAAUGAUUUGAACAUUAUAAGCGAUCUUACGGAGAGCGGACAUAGGCUAAGUCCGGGUAUUGUGCUGCCAAAUGAGAUUUGCGAUGGUUUCCUAGAAAACUAUCAGCGCUUUAAAAGACCACUGGACGAUCGUGUUAUAAAUCUGUUCACCGACACUCAGCGCACAUCCUUAAAAAUUGUAAAUCUGCGUAAUAGCACAUUGACUAGUUCUGGUCUGGAGACAUUAAUGCGGCACAAGCUGUUUGCUCUUUCAAUGUGGUACUGCGACCGCAUCACAGUAAACUCACAUCACCUGCUUGCCCGAUAUGGUGACAGUUUGCGAUCACUAGAGCUGGGCAUUAGCUCGCAUCUGCUGCAGAACGCCGAGCCAAAUGAGAAGGAGCCCGUCGAUUUUCAGCUGACUUGCCCGCACUUGCGACGUCUCGUGCUCAAUGGCGUCGUUAUGCAUCCUCGUCUGCAAUUUGCGCAUCUUCAUGACCUGGGCCAUCUGGACUUGACCUCCUGCGUAUUGGCCAAUUUUAGCUUAGAAGCGUUAAGCAAACUGCCCAACCUACACACUCUUAUAUUGUUUAACGUUUGGCCUAUCGCAAAUCAGUUGCACGCCAUUUGCUGUUUGCGCAACUUGCGCACACUUGAUAUUUCAAUCUCGAGCUCUGCCAACGGGCACGGCACCUAUGAUCUGCCCGAUCAGACCUUGGAAAUGCUAAUGGAUAAUCUACGACAUCUCACACACUUGGAUAUUUCAGGAACGAAUUUAGCAGGCAAUGGUGUGGCAACUAAGGAGUCGACAAGUAUGAGUACAAAACUGAACCCAGAGCCACAGUUUGCGCUUACAGACAUACCCGGACUGGCAUCGCGAACACAGCGUCCUCUGCAGUUUCUAGGGCUCUAUCACACCGCUCACUGGGCGUGCAAACGUCACGACAUACCCGCGAUUGAGGUGGCCGGCGAUGCCAAUGAACAGCAGAUACUAAUGGCAGCCCGUUACUACCACGAUCGACCUGUUCUGCUUACAAGAGUCCUUAACGAUUUGUAUCACCUGUUCCGUUUCGAAAACUGCAAGGACAUACACACAGCGCUGGAUGUUGUGCUCUCCGCAAUGGACAGACAUUUAAAGUUCCAGCACAUGCAAAUAUCGGGCAGUGCCACCUUGUUUUAUAUAGUCAAAGGCCGUGAUCGCUCCAAGUUUGGAACUAUGCUACGCAAUCAUAUCAUACGCACUCUGCUCAAUGGCAUGGAAAUGCAUCUAUUGGACGAUACGAUGCUGCGAAAUGGUUACCUAACGCUUACGCAGUUCCAUAUGCCCGUCGAUGUACUCUUUGAAUACGAGAGACUUAUUAAAAUAUUGCUACAUGGUGUUUCGAAAACCGAACAGGAGGGAUUCGUGCAGCGUAUUGCCAUAUAUUUGCUUAACACAAUGGCUUGUCAGGUAGACGGACGGCAGAAACUCUUCCUGGGCGAGUACGGCGUUGUUAGCACCAUGCUAAGCUUGAUCAAGGAUCGGCUGACGCGUUCAGUUUUUGACGAUGUCAUGGAGGUGGCGUGGUCAACAAUGUGGAAUGUAACCGAUGAGACUGCUAUUAAUUGUAAGAGAUUCCUGGAUGGCCGUGGCAUGGAAUAUUUCCUCAAGUGUUUAAAUACGUUUCCCGACCGCGACGAACUGCUGCGAAAUAUGAUGGGCUUGCUGGGAAACGUUGCCGAAGUUAAAUGGCUGCGUCCUAAACUAAUGACGCAAGAAUUUAUUGAAGUCUUUGCCCGUCUCCUUGACUCCCUAAGCGAUGGCAUUGAGGUGAGCUAUAAUGCAGCCGGCGUACUGGCCCACAUUGCUUCCGAUGGCCCCGAGGCCUGGACCAUUAAGACGCCAACGCGGGAUCAUGUACUGCAGCGCAUGGUGUUCGCUAUCCAGAGGUGGAACAUUAAGAGUGAGCGCAACAUUAAUUACCGCAGCUUUGAACCCAUACUCAGUCUGGUGCGAUGCUACGAGACGCCACAGUGUCAACAUUGGGCCGUUUGGGCACUAGCGAAUCUCACACAGGUUUAUCCCGACAAAUAUUGCCAGCUUGUGGAGCAGGAAAAUGGUAUACAGGUAUUGAAGGAACUCAUCGAACAUAAUAGACCCUACGAUGAAAUUAAGCGCAUUGCGAUGAUGGUUAUAGUCCAGUGCCAUUCUGGAACACAGCAUAUGGUGGAGGACUAAGUGGUUGGUUUAGAAUUUUUCAAUUAAUUAUCUAAAAAUUGUUUGGUUUUAAGACCCAACACGAGUGUUAUUGUUCAAAUUCUUCCUACAUUUUUUUAAUUUGUUUACUUAAAGAUAAACAAAACAAAAAUUGGAAAAAAAAAAUGCAAAAAGUAAUGUGCGCCUUAGGGUAUAAGGCAGUUGGUAUAAAUUAAGCAUAAUUCGCACGCAAAAUAUCUAAUACUUAGCCUAAACAAUAUAUGCAUAUAAAUGUAUACACAUACGCAGAUAUUAGACUAUAAAAUACAUAUGUAAUAUCAUGUUAUAAGCAAGAAGCAAUUUUUUUUAAAUAUUUCUUGUCUCUUGUUUUAGCCGAAUCUAAGAUGUUUCACAUUUUAAAAGCAAACGGCAGAAUUAUAGUUGUAAAUACGUGUAUUGUUAAAUAAAAUCAAGCGGAGAAGAUUCAAGAAAUUGUAAAAUAAAUAUAUAAAUUCCUGUUCGUUGCUUUCUACUUGCGCGAUAUUUCGACUGCAAACCUAAAAUUUUCACCAGCAUAACCUAUUUAAUUUUAGCUUAAGCCUUGUAUUGCCUUUUACUAAAACAAAAACACUGUGUUCUUCGCUUAAGUCAUUUGAAUUUAUGUUUAUAUUCAAGCCAAUGAAUUGGAUUUAGUUGGUGUUAUAUUGGUUUUAUACUGGACGAAGUUGAUCAAGUGUGUAGUAUAUUAAAAUAUGUAAUGCCCGAAACUAGAUUUUUUUUUCUAAUUAUGUAACAUGACAUUCGUUUCCAAUUUGUUAUUUAUAAUUUAUUAUAAUGACGAACUCUAGCAGAAGUUUCUGAGCGCGUUGCAUGUCUUCUUUGCUUGGGCUUGAUUUGCAUUAAUAUAAAAGCCCGAAUGCAUGUGUAUUUAUAUUAUUUGAAAUAUAUUAUAUGUCCUAUGUAAAUCUAAAUCAUAAUUCGAAUGUAUGUAUAAAUAAGAUAA